CCCGUCAUUGCCUACCCAGUGACGCCAUUGGGAGCUGCUGCCAUUUGACUUUCAUGAAAAUAUUUACUUGACGUUCCAUGGACGAUUUCAUCACAGAGUUGUAAGUAUCUUAUCCGAUCUGAAUAUCAAUCCAUUUGGAUUUUAGUUUGCCCACAGUAAAGUAACUCAAAUGUUGUUGUUGUUUAUAGGUUUUUUUGUUGUUGUUUUUUUAUUUUCUUAUCAAAAUGUAAAAUCCAUUUUAAAGAUCAUUAUUUGAUAAGAAUUGAUUAUGUUUUGAGAUGCCCGUCAAAAGAUUCAAAUUUAAAUAUCUGUCACUGUUUCAGUUAUUAAAACUCAUUUUAUAAUUUAAUUAUGUGCACAUGUAUUCUUUUAUUUAUUUGAAUUUUAACAUGUCAUUGAUUGUCAUUGAAUGUAUCUGAUCUAAUAAUAUCUAACGACAGAUUUGAAAUCCACAAAUACAAAGAAAUCUGCCAAUUUUUUAAUUAUUUUUAAUUUGUUUCUUAUUGAUUGCGUCUUAUCAAAGUUACCUAGAAACAUGCAUGGAAAGGAUUUUUUUUGGGGGGGGGGGGGGGGGGAGAGGGGAGGUCAAAAAUAUCCCUCAGGGUAAAUUUUCAGCGUCUUAUCUCAGUGUUGUUGAAAAAAGUUAACAAUUCUUCUUUUUCUGUAUUUUGUGCGCCCGCGAUCAACGCGUUGAUCAUUCUAGAUCCUAAACGUUGAAAUACAUUCAGAUUAUUUUUACUGCACAAGCCAAAAUUGCUUUUUUAAGAAAAUAUUAAUUUAGACGAAAUUCAAUAUCAACACAACCAUCACCGUGGAAGUCCCGCAGUUUAUAGAGGAGAAUCGCGGCGCAGCUUAUCUGAUAGUUUCGGUAAACAUCUUCGUGACAUCGAANUGUGCGAGAGUCUUCGCAUGUGUGUAUGUUAGAAUGUGUGCUGUAGAGAUAUGUACGAUGGUGUCUGUGCGAGAGUCUUCGCAUGUGUGUAUGUUAGAAUGUGUGCUGUAGAGAUAUGUACGAUGGUGUUUGUGCGUGAGUAUUCGCAUGUGUGUAUGUUAGAAUGUGUUCUGUAGAGAUAUGUAUGAUGGUGUCUGUGCGAGAGUCUUCGCAUGUGUGUAUGUUAGAAUGUGUGCUGUAGAGAUAUGUACGAUGGUGUCUGUGCGAGAGUCUUCGCAUGUGUGUAUGUUAGAAUGUGUGCUGUAGAGAUAUGUACGAUGGUGUUUGUGCGAGAGUCUUCGCAUGUGUGUAUGUUAGAAUGUGUGCUGUAGAGAUAUGUAUGAUGGUGUUUGUGCGAGAGUCUUCGCAUGUGUGUAUGUUAGAAUGUGUGCUGUAGAGAUAUGUAUGAUGGUGUCUGUGCGAGAGUCUUCGCAUGUGUGUAUGUUAGAAUGUGUGCUGUAGAGAUAUGUAUGAUGGUGUUUGUGCGAGAGUCUUCGCAUGUGUGUAUGUUAGAAUGUGUGAUGUAGAGAUAUGUAUGAUGGUGUUUGUGCGAGAGUCUUCGCAUGUGUGUAUGUUAGAAUGUGUGCUGUAGAGAUAUGUAUGAUGGUGUCUGAGCGACAGUAUCCGCAUGUGUGUAUGUUACAAACUGUAUAAUAAAAAAAGUAACAAACAAAACACUAUCACUAUUUUCUGGAUUUAGCCCCAGGAAUUGGCAAAGUAUGGUAGGGUUGCACAGGUUUACACUUUGGAUAAAAUGAAUCUUAUAAUAUUAAAAGGCUAAAAUAACUUAUGUUCAAUCUAUUAAAGAUCCGAGUAGCUCAGAGCAACUCUAGUAAUUAUUCAUGAGUAUCUUUAGAACAUUUUAUUAAAAAGUAGACAGAAAUAUUAACAUGAAACUAUUCAUUUUUGUGAAUACCGCUUGUUUCAAAAUACCUAUAAGCGGUUUUUUUUUAUAUGCAAGUUUAGUAAGGGCAAAAUAUUCAGUUUUUAAUAGUCCCAAAAUUUUUCUCUGCUGAUAUGAAUUCAUUCAAUUAAAAACUAAGAAUGCACGUAAGUGAAACAUAAUUGUAAAAUAGGGAAAAGUAAAAUCGAACACUAGCAAAGGAGAAGAGCAAUGAAACGUUUUUGAAAUUGUAUGAACAUUGAAAACAUUAUUUCUCUUCGUUCUCACCAGCUAAUUGCUCUAACAUGCAUCGCCGGUGGGGCGGUGCUCCUAAUCGGGAGAACCGCUUACGGCAGUGACCUCCAAUUCCUGAGGGACGACUUGACCACCUCAGCCAAAAGCAUGGGCCUCACCACUCUUGACGUCAGCGCCCUGGACGUCAUCUUCAUUACGAUACCUCUAGGGGUGGUCCUGGUCAUCUUCGGCGUCCUCAUCACGGCCAUUUGCAUCCUGGGCAUCAUCGCGGGCUCCGGCCAGUUCUACAAGUUCGUCAUCGUCUACCUCGUCCUCAUCUCCUGCCUCUACUUCACGCAGAUCGUCGUCAUCAUCUGCGCCUACAUCGACAGGACGCCGUUCGACACCACCGUCAAGCAGUUGCUGAAGCUGACCCUAGAGUCUUACACCGGAGACGCCGGGAAAGACAGCAUCACCCUCGGCUGGAACGCCAUCAUGUCGUACAAGAAAUGCUGCGGUGUGGACGGCUAUGAGGAUUUCGCGGUGGCCACGGGCUGGACCAAGGUGGCGCUCCAACAGACGCCCAGGAUGUGCUGCAUAACGAAGGCUGCUGCCUUCACGUGCACCCUCACCGCCAACUACCAGACCCAAACCUACUACAACCGAGGGUGUUACGACCACAUCUGGGAUUACGUCACGUCCAACACGGGGCUCAUCAUCUUCACCGUCUUCUUCAUCGUGCUGCUGGAGUUCCUCUGUAUAUUCUUCGCCUCGUGGAUCCUCUGCAACCGCCGGAGUAAAGGUCCGACCAAGGUUGGACACUACUCCCGCUACAACUGAGCCGACCACUGUUGUAUCAUUUCAUGUGUCGUAUAUGCCACUCAAUGCCAUAGAUUCUAUGCAAACUUUUCAAUGGUUAGAGCAACAGAGUUCAAUUUUUGUGGGGAAAAUGUUGAUUAGUUUUAAGACAUAUUCGAAGAUCAUAUGUUUCUUUUUAAUAAUAUAUUAACAUUACAAUAAGAUUAUUUUUUUAAAUUCAAAAUUCACGCGACAUAAUAUUGAUAAUAUUUUUAAAAAUCAAAGCAUGUUUUUUGUUUGAAAUGACGAGGAUGUGAUCAUCUGACCAAAGGAUCAGCAAAAAUGUAGUCAUGAAAAUCUAUUUUUGGACGUGAAGAACUAAGAAAACUGUUCGUAACAAGAAAUUAUAUCUGUUUUAAUAAGUCAAUGAACGUGUUUGUUAGAACUGGUCAUUUCAUUGUACUACUGAUGUCCUAGUUGGAGUUUCUGCUCAUGGGCUGUCAUUGGUGUUUUGUUCUUUUUGGUAAUCGACCCCAAGUGUGAAAUGAUGUCAAGCUACAUUUGUUUAUUUUGAUCGGUACAAAACAUAAAAAUACUAACACACCUGUUCGGAGUCUAAUUUGAUCUCAUGUUAAACUGUCUUCCUUGAUGCUUUCUUACAAUUUAGAAUUCAGAUAUUUCUAUUUUUAAAACACUAUUAACAGCCAAUAUAGAGGAGCAUGUGUCUAAUGAACAGCCAAUAUAGAGGAGCAUGUGUCUAAAGAGAUUUCUUUAAGAUUUUAUUCUAUUAAAGUGAUUAAACACAACUUUAAAUUUUGAUAAC